AUGGGAGAGAAGAAAGUUUUGGGUCUUGUGAUGUUUGUUAUGGCUUACACUUUGGCAAUGAUAACACACACAGCAUCUGACAUUCCUGCAACAUGCAAUGGAGAUGAGCCAGUACUUACCUUCUGUGGUCCUUAUUUGGUAAACAAAGUACCAAAUCCAUCUUCAGAUUGUUGUAAAGGAGCAACAAAGGUGUUUAACAGAGCCAUGGGUGACAACACUGGUCAAGGUAUAAGAGAUCUUUGUAAUUGUCUACGUGGGGCAGGACCAUCUUUAGGGUUUCAACAACCAAAUCUGAUAAACCUUCCUAGUCUCUGUGGGAUCAAAACUACUUUUUCAAUGCCCUUGUGUAUAUUGGGGCCUAAUGUCCUUCUCUCAAACCAGGAGAAAAAUUAUUAG